UGGCAGGAGAAGAGUUACUUCAGAUUCCCCUAGUCCACCCCCGCGCCUUUUGCAUUGAAGGAAGUUCUGUUUGCACGGGAGGAAAGAUGCGAACCAAGCCGGGAUUCUACUCUCUGGGUGGAGCUGGCAGUCCAAAGGCGCUGUUAAAGAGACGCGCCUAUGUGGCUAUAUAAGUCUUUUCCAACGAAGGAAAGCGAGAUACUGUGUGGCUUCUCGGCAAGUUAAGGGCUAGCGUUGGAGGUGACAUGGUGAAAUGGCCACGGAGGAGAAAUACCCGAGUGAGGUUCUGUGAGGUUCUUCCAGCGUGUACAGAAAUGGGGACAAUGGUUAUUUCGCCACUCCUUGCAGCAGAGGCUUUCUUAUGCUGAGCCUGCACUGUACCUAAUAUUUGAGAAAAUUGGAGACAUAUCACUUAACCCUUGGGAAAAUAUUGCAGAGAAAAGGAAAACAGUGGUGGUCUUACUUUUUGGAAAACACACUUAACUGCUUGGCACAGUUUUUCUCAUUGAUUCCAUCUUAACAGCUAGAGCUUCCUUAAGGUACUUCUUCCCUGCUUUCAUCACAGUUGGAGAAUUUGCUUGCUCACAGUGCACCUUACCUAGCAAUCAAGAUGAUGCAGAUCUGUGACUCUUACAGCCAAAAACAUUCCCUCUUCAAUGCAAUGAACCGCUUUAUUGGAGCUGUUAACAACAUGGACCAAACAGUGAUGGUGCCCAGUCUUCUUCGGGAUGUGCCUCUCAUGCUGGAUGAACUGGAUUCAGGGGGUGGCUGUGGAGAAAGGGAGCCCCAGUUGACUCCCAAUGGUAGUACCUAUUGUUCUUGCAGAGAUAUGUAUAGUCACUACAUGUUGCUCAAAUCCAUUCGCAAUGACAUUGAAUGGGGUGUAUUACAACAGGCAAAUGAGGAAACCACUGGAAGGAAGAAGGAUAAGCUGAAUGGGAGCUCUGGUGCCAUGGACAUAAGCCGAGGGAUCCCUGAAGAUAGGGAGGCAGAGGAGGAUUUGGAGAAGCAAUUUCAUUAUCACCUGAGUGGGCUUCACACUGUGCUCUCCAAGCUUACCCGCAAAGCCAAUGUACUUACCAACCGCUACAAGCAGGAGAUUGGAGUCAACAACUGGGGGCACUGAAUCAGGGAGGGCCUGCCUGCCUGUUCUGGUGAAAAGUUAAAAAUAUAUAUAGGGGAAAUAGGUAUUUGGAGAGGGCUAAAGAAGAAUACAAACAAGAAUAGUUGUGUGUGUGUGGGAGAGAGUGAGUGAGAGAAAGUCCUGGAGAUUUAAAAAUUGGAGUAUAUCAAGGUCAGUAGUAAAUGUAGGAUGCACUAUAAAAUUUUGUAUCUUAGAAGAAUAUAAGGAUAAGAAAGUGAAAGGGACUUUUUAUUUUAGAACUUUACUGUUGAGUACUACUAUAACCUUUUAGGGAGGCAGGGUGAUAAAUUUCUGCCUCAACUAGCAGGCAUAACUAGGCAGCCAAGUAUAAAGUUUCCAGAUUCUGAGGACUCAGAAUGAUGUAUAAUGGCCCCAGCCAGUUACUGAAAGAGUUCGUUGUAAUUCUUGGGAAAUUGCUCAAGUGCAUGUGGUGGCGGCAAUUGUAGAGAUGAUUGUAUCACUUCUUUCCUGAUUUUUGCACUAAUUUUGUAACAUAUAUGUGUGUGUGAGGAUGUAUUUAAGAACCUAUGAAAUCUCUGCAUGCUGUCAGAAUAGUAGACAUCUUAUUUUUUAUCAGCGCACAAAAAUUAUAUUAACACUAGUUAAAUAUGUUUUUAAAUAUACAGGGCAAACAGUUAUUGUUCAUCUUUAGAUGCAACACUUAUCUUUCCUUAUUGCAUAGAACUGGUUAAGAUGAAACUGCAAGUAUGCUGUUUAAAUUAUUUUUGCAGUGGAUAAAGCCAGUUAACUAAUGUCCACUCAUAUUUCAGUGGAGAGUAAAACCAAUUAAUGUGCACUCAUAGUUCACUGGAAAGGUAGGUUCCCAUUAUUGUACAUGUAUUGAUUAUUUAAGCUUUUUUAUUCAGAUAUGGAAUAUAUUCUAAAAUAAGGUAUAUUGACUAAAGUUGGUGUAUGUAUACUAUGGCUCCACUUGAAUUAAAUGCUAAUGUUUACAAUA